AUGGCCAACAUGGCCAUCUCCCCCAUCCGGAGCACCGCGACCUCGACCUACACCGGCUCCACCAUCUCCCUCCCGAUCGCCCGUCAACAGUCGAACCAGAUGGAUGGUAUGGGAGGCGUUGCCGUCAAGAAGGAGGGCUGGGCCUCCGUGAAGGAGUCAAAGAACUUCAUCAACCCAUGGAAGCAGAAAUACCUCAUCCUGCGCAAAGAGUCGCUCGACUUCCACAAGGCAGAGGGUGGCAAGGUUUCCUACACCCUGUUCCUCAAGGACGUCGUCAACGUCGGCCGUGUCGAAGCCGCCGGCACCAUCUUUGAGAUCAAGAGAAACCCCAGCGGCUCCUCCAACAGCCCCGGUGAGGACGACGGCCAGACCAAGACGUUGCAGAUUCGUGUCAAGAGCGACGACGACUUGUACGAAUGGAUUGAUCUGAUUUACGGCGCCUGCCCUGGAAUGGGCGGUGUCAGCAACCCCACCAACUUCUCCCACGCUGUCCACGUUGGUUUCGACCCCCAGACCGGCGAGUUCGUCGGCCUACCGCCCGAAUGGUCGAAGCUCCUCAACUCCUCCGCCAUCACCAAGGAGGAUUAUGAGCGUAACCCUCAGGCCGUCUUCGAGGUCCUCGACUUCUACUCCGACCUGACCAAGCGCGCCGAGAACCCUCAACAAUACUCCAGCCUCACCCCCACGCCCCCCGCCGCCAACCAGCAAAACAAGCAGCUUGGAUAUGGAGGUGGUGGUGCCGGCGUCGCGCCGCCUCGCCCUAUGCCGCCCUCCCAGGCCCAGCGUCAACCCAGCUACAACACCCAGCCCUCAUCACAGAACCAGCCGCGGCGGCCGUCGCCCACCGAGUCGCAGCAGCAGCGCAUGCAGAUGCAAGGCAUGGCCUCCAACUACCAGCCCGACCCUCGCGAGGAGCAACGCCUCAAGCAGCUCGAGGCGCAGCGUGCGAGAGAGCGCGAGAUCGAGGAGCAGAACCGGAGGGACUUGGAGGUCUUCAACGCCUCCAUUCCCAAGACCAAGACGCCCAUGGCUCAGCAGGAGAUUGGUGGCUACGGCGGUGGAUCGUCGUCCAUCCCUCAAACGGACAGAUACAACCCCUCCAGGGCAGCACCUCCGGCACCGAAGCCGACACAGCAGCAGCAGAUCAACGGUCUGCGUGCCCAGCGCCCGGCACCGUCGCCGCCAACUGCCGGCCAACCUGCGCGACCACCAAUGCAGUCGCAACAAAGCUCCAGCUCGAUGCGGGACCCCAACCAGCAGCAACGCAUGCCCCGUCCAGACCAGCCCAGCCAGCAGCAGCAGCAGAGGUAUCCCCCCAACGGCAGCCCCCAGCAGCAGAGACAACCUCCUCAGGCUCAGGCUCAACCGCCAUCUCGUCUGCCCGCUCCUGUCAAGCCCCUGAACGUCUCCAAGGCCCAGCCCGCACCCCAGAGCGAUGCGGUCAAGGCCGCGGAGGCUGCCCUGACGGCCAAGCCCACCCAGCAGGAGCGCCAGAAGGACGUACGCAUGUCCACCAUGUCCGAAAGCGAGGUCAUGGCCAAGCUCAAGGAGGCUGUCUCCAAGGACGACCCGAAUCUCUCCUACUCCAAGCAAAAGAAGAUUGGACAAGGUGCUUCCGGUUCAGUCUACGUCGCCAAGGUCAAGGAGGGUGCUGUCUCGCCUAUCGCUCGUGAGGUUCUGCGCGCCCAGGGCAUCAAGGCUCAGGUCGCUAUCAAGCAGAUGGAUCUUGCUCACCAGCCCAGAAAGGAGUUGAUCGUGAACGAGAUCAUGGUCAUGAAGGACAGCAGACACCGCAACAUUGUCAACUUCCUCGACGCCUUCCUGCGCAACAACAACGCCGAGCUCUGGGUCGUCAUGGAGUACAUGGAGGGUGGUGCCUUGACGGACGUGAUCGACAACAACCCCAGCAUUACGGAAGAGCAAAUUUCCACCAUUUGCUUGGAGACUUGCCGCGGCUUGCAACAUCUUCACUCCCAGAACAUUAUCCACCGUGACAUCAAGAGUGACAACGUCCUCUUGGACGCACGUGGAAACGUCAAGAUCACCGAUUUUGGUUUCUGCGCCAAGCUCACCGAGACCAAGUCGAAGCGCGCGACCAUGGUGGGAACACCCUACUGGAUGGCGCCCGAGGUUGUCAAGCAGAAGGAGUACGGCCCCAAGGUCGAUAUCUGGUCGCUGGGUAUCAUGGCUAUUGAGAUGAUCGAAUCCGAGCCGCCCUACCUGAACGAGGAGCCCCUCAAGGCUCUGUACCUUAUUGCCACCAACGGCACGCCACGCCUCAAGAAGCCCGAGAAGCUGAGCAAGGAGCUCAAGGCCUUCUUGUCGGUCUGCUUGUGCGUAGACGUCAAAAGCAGAGCGUCCGCGGACGAGCUUCUAGCCCACGACUUCCUCAAGCACGGAUGCCCGCUCGGCAGCCUUUCCGAGCUUCUCGCAUUCAAGAAGCAUGCCAAAUAA